AUGGAUAAACAGAUGGUGUCUACCUUCAUGGAGGUCACGUCUUGCGAGUCCCAGGCGGACGCCGUGCAGCACCUUGGCUCGUGCCAUUGGAAUCUGGAUGAGGCCAUCAAUCUCUACUUCAGUAACGCCAGUGGCAGCACCGAACCGCCGCCAGGUUCGUCCGCCGAUCCAAUCUUGCCUGAGGAGAACGCCACCGAGCCGCCGUCAGGUUCUUCCGCUGAUCCAAUAAUCUUGCCUGAGGAGAACGUGCCGACGAAAGAGGACAAAGACCACGGCGAUGCAAUCGACGGCGACUAUGAAGACGACGUGCGCGCUCCUCAGUACUAUGGCGACCGCAGCACCGCCGUCGACGCCCCCUUCGUCAUGGAGGUGCCAUCUCUUUCACUAAGUGAAAUAGUCCCCACCGGGUGGGGAGAACCCGGAGUGGAAAACGUCGACGGCAACCAGCAGCAGGCCCACGACGACGAUGCUGAACAGGACGACAACAUCAGCACGAAGGAAGACGACGGCGGUAGCAUGCAUAGCAGCAACGGGGAGGAAUACAACGAUGAAGACUACAGCAAUAUGAGCUACAGUGAGGAGGAGGAGGAGGAUGAUGCCUACUACGCCUCUCUAGCGGAGGAAACCGACGGGGAUCGGCCGGCGGUGCAGCCGCAACCAAAGGAGUCGCUGCGAGAGCUGUUCCGGCAUCCGUACGAGCUGAUGUACCGCGGAUCCUUCCACGACGCCAAGGUGCACGCGGCGAGGGGGGACAGGUUCCUGCUGGUCAACCUGCAGACAUCCACAGGCGCUGGCGAUUUCCCGUCGAAGAUGCAGAACCGGGACCUGUGGGCGGACGAGCUGGUCAAGAAGGUGGUCGCGGACAGCUUUGUGUUCUUCUUGCUUCAGACGUUGAACAGCGACGCACACUUGGACGAGUGCGCGAAACUGGCUAGCUUCUACAAGCUCGAGAAGGAUCAGCUGCCGGCCGUGCUUGUCCUCGACCCGAUCACGGGGCAGUUGCUAGCUAAGCGGAGCGGCGCCAUGAUGCCUGACGAGUUCAUGCAGUUUGUUGAUGAGUACAUGAAAUCGAAACCGAGCGCGAUAUCCAUGCCCAAGUUCGUCGAGAAAACGCCGGCGGCGAGCAAGAGUUGGCAUGGGGAUCUGCCGCAGGAGCCGUCGAAGAGCUGCCAGCAGUGUCCGAGAAGCCCUGCUGCACCUGCUGACGAUGAAGUUGGCGAGCAAGAACAGGAAAUUCCUAACAACUCUGCAGCUGCCGGCGGUGCCUGCAGCGAACAAGAACCAGUACCGGUGCCUAAUAAUACUACUGAGUUGCCCGCCGAGAUGGUCGAUGCCGACGACGACGAGCCCAUGGAAGACGAGGAGAUGUACAAGCUGAGGAUUCGGUUCCCCGACGGCACCAUGGUCGCCAAGGAGUUCGGCUGCAAGAGGAGGGUCGCGUCGCUCUUCGCGUUCUGCAGAUCGGCCCUUCACGGUGGAGGGCAGCAUGCGGAGGAGAAGAAGGCGAUCCGGAUCAUGAGAUUCGCUGGCCGCGCCUUGGUGGCGAUACAGGACGACGAUGCUGGUGCUACGUUUGAGGAUCUGGGCCUCAACUUCGCAGCCGUGUCAGUUGUUUUCGAUGUCUAG